CAAUUUUUUUAUAUAACUAUAAAACAUAAAUAAAUUUGGGAUCCGUAUUUGUGUAUCUUUUUUAGGGUUUUCAUAAAAUUAAAAUAGUAAUAAUAAUAAUAAUAACAAGCUCCAUAUAAAACGUACAAACCCCCCCUUUAAUUCUCAAAUAUUGAAUUCCAAAAUUUGGAUCUUAAAAUAAAAAGAUGAAGCUGACGGUAAAGACUCUUAAAGGAAGCCACUUUGAAAUUAAGGUUCAACCUUCCGACACUAUUAUGGCGGUCAAGAAAAAUAUUGAAGAUGUGCAAGGAAAAGAUAACUAUCCGUGUGGGCAACAAUUAUUGAUUCACAGUGGUAAGGUUCUGAAAGAUGAAACUACAUUGGCAGAUAACAAAGUCUCUGAUGAAGGUUUUCUUGUUGUCAUGCUUAGCAAGAGUAAGAGUUCUGGUUCAGGCGCAACUUCUUCUGCUCAGGCACCAUCAACACCUGCUCCGACUUCUAAUCCUACCAGCACACCUGAUGCUCCAGCUAAACCGCAGGCUUCUAAAACUAGCACGUCUUCUUCUGGCCCAGCAACAGCAACGGCAACAGGACUUGAAACUGCAACUGUAGCUGCGCCUGCAAGUUCUGAUUCAUAUGGUCAAGCUGCUUCCAAUGUGGUCACCAAUAAUAGUGUUGAGCAGACUGUUCAAUACAUAAUGGAUAUAGGUGGUGGCAGUUGGGACAGGGAAACUGUUACUCGUGCACUUCAAGCUGCUUACAACAAUCCAGACCGAGCAAUUGAUUACUUGUAUUCUGGUAUUCCAGAUACCGUAGAAGUUGCAGUCCCGGUGACUCAACUUCCUGCAACUCAAGCUGCCACUGAAACUGCCACUGGUGGCGCACCUCCAUCCGGAGGUCCUAAUGCUUCCCCAUUAAACUUGUUUCCUCAGGAAAUACCUUCAGGUGCUGCAGGAGGGAAUCUUGGAUCUCUUGACUUUCUAAGAAACAACCAGCAGUUCCAAGCAUUACGAUCUAUGGUACAAUCAAAUCCACAAAUACUACAGCCCAUGCUUCAGGAACUUGGUAAGCAAAACCCUCAGCUUUUAGGACUAAUCCAGGAGAACCAUGCCGAGUUUCUUCAACUCAUUAAUGAACCUGUAGAUGCUUCCGAAGGGGAUAUGUUUGAUCAAGGGGAUCAGGAGAUGCCUCAUGCUAUUAGUGUUACGCCAGCAGAACAGGAGGCCAUUGAACGGCUUGAGGCUAUGGGUUUUGAUAGAACUAUUGUUAUUGAGGCAUUUUUAGCCUGUGAUCGUAACGAGGAAUUGGCAGCCAACUUUUUAUUGGAGAAUGCUGGCGAUUAUGAGGACUAAUUUGAAGACAUCAAUGUAUCUUGAAAGGUGAUUUUGACCUGGGGAUGAAUAUGGUUAUUUGGAGGUUUUGUCAAAGCAGUAGAGACUCAUUUUAGGUGGGGUGGUUUAUACAUGUUAUUUGAUAUUGUCUUGUCUAUGGAACCGAGGCUUUGUUUCUUUUUCUAUAUUAUUGCACUUUUUUUAUUUGACACUUCACCCAAAUAUGAAGGGAUGAGGAGGAUUUUGUUUUGCACUCGAGGAUACCUGUGUCCGUGUCUGACCAGUUUGAAACUGCUAAUGUCCAAUCUUCCAUUCUUUUUGAAGUGUGCCCAUUUUCAUUCUGUCAACUACAGUAGGUUUGCGAUGUGUGAUUUUCUGGCACUUGUAACAUGCAACAGAAAUGGAAUUAAAACUAGUGUUUGUGAA